CAGACGACUUACACUUCAGUCGUCCAGACGACUUCCAACAUCUCAGACGACUCAGACGAUUUACUGGGGCUAUAUUCGUAAAAAUGGCUUCUGUUUUUUUGUUUGGUCACAAGGGGCUGAGCUGUAAUUUCACUAGGCUUUUAGGUUAGUUUUGCAUUUGAUUCAAGUUUGAGUAUAGGUUUGGGAUUAAAAUCAAGUUGUGGGUUAGUUUUGGCAAAAACCCCAUAAUCAAAAGUCAUAUUUCCUUUUUCUGUUUGGGAACCGACUCUGAGUAGUAGGAAGGGUCAUCUACUCUCUAUAAAAAGAAACCUCUCAUCUCUCAAUAGCUCACAAAAGCAAACAACUAGAAACAAAACAACAACAACAACAAGAAAACAUCGAUUUUUAAUCAAAGAAAAGAAAGAAGAAACGAUAUGGGUCUCUCUAAGGCACGCAAGCUACUCUUAAUCCUCGUGAUCACUGCUUACCUCUUUUCCGGGACUGCUCAUGCAUGGAGCUGGAGCUGGGGUUCUGGCCAAUCCGGUUCGAAUUGGGGAUGGGGAUGGGGCUCCGAUGACAACUCUGGCUCGGGUUCAGGUGGUUCAAACCCGAACUCGGGUGGUGGUUCAAGCUGGGGUUGGGGAUGGAGCUCGAACGGAACAGAUACAAACUGGGGUUGGGGAAGCAGCUCUGGCUCAAGUGGCACCGGCUCUACACAUAAAAGCUACCACAACCACACGACCCCAUCAACCCACUCGAACGGCUCAGGCUCAAACAAGACACGCGGCAGUAUUGGCUCUUCACACAAAAACCACACGGCUCAAGUAUCGUCUAGAAGAAAGAUUGAGGUUACUGUGUGGAAGAACGGAUUCGAUUACCAAGAAUGGGCUUCAAAGCAUGCACCCUUCCUCACCAACGAUGUCCUUUCUUUCAAGUACAACGAUAAAUAAAGUCAAUCCAAGACGAAGCACAACAAUAACAAGGACGAUGUCUACUUGCUUCCAGACUUGAAGAGCUACAAGAGAUGCGAUGUGAGCAGAGGGAAGAAGCUAGUCGCGAGAGGAGGCUCAUCAUCAGGGUUUAAGUUGCUUCUCCGCAAGACUCAUGAGACUUACUUCUUCGCUAGUGGAGACCACAACGGCUGCAACCACAACAUGAAGUUCUCUAUCUCCCCGAUUCCUCGCUCUUCUUCACACACUAAACCCUAAAUAUCACUUCACUACUUUGUUUCCUUGUUAGAUUCUGUUUAGUUUCCUUUUUUUCUUUUGUUUCUUGUGCUUCAAGUAAAUGAUGGAUUGAUUUAUUACAAAUUUAUUUGGAGAUAAUAUGAUUUAUCUUAUAUAUUUAAAUAGAAGUCAUGACUUUUUUCAUGUGUGAUUUUUUAAUUUGUACCAUCACUUAGAAAUCUUAUUAAAUAUAUUUUACUAAGACUUAUAAUACAUAAAAUCUUUAAAAUACUUUAAUCAUAAUAUCUUUUAAUUUUAAUUUAUAAUUUUAACAAAUCUGUUUUAAAAGAUUUUUACA